GGAACUGGGCGUGGCCUGGGCGAUGUUGAUGCAGGAAUAAACAUGGCGUCGUGUGGGAGCAGCAGCGGCGGGGGCGCUUCCUUCCUGCUGCGGGCCGAGCUGGCGGCGGUGCUGCUGCUCCUCUUUGUGGGAGGCCCUGCGGAAGGCCGGGUCCACCACCUCGCCCUCAAGGAUGAUGUACGGCAGAAGGUCCAUCUCAAUACCUUUGGCUUUUUCAAGGGAGGUUUCAUGAAGGUCAAUGUGAGCACCCUCUCAGUAAAGCAGCUUUCAGAUGUUGACAAAAACGUCCAGGUCGGUUUCAGUUUAGACCGAACACAAAAUGAUGGAUUCUCCACUUACCUGGAUGAACAAAUGGAUUAUUGCAUUUUGAAUAAAACCCCAGAUCAUGAUGUUUCAGUCACCCUUCUCCUCCUAGAUUUUGCAAAGAAGCUUGUGAAGGUCAAAACCAAAGUCAACAAACCCUUGCUUCCUAAAAUCAUCUUUACUGACCCUCAGGGAGAGGCACAGUCAGCAAGCUCCCAUAAUGCCGAGUCUAAGUCAGCAGCCGGGCCGAACACAACUGAAGCCCAGUUGCCUGCUGAAGGAAUUCACCCCAUCCAAAGCAAAGACAACAGCUAUUCAUUCCAGUUCUACUUCAAUGUCAGUUCAGAGGGCCAAGAAGGACUUUAUAGUCUCUAUUUCCACAAAUGUGUCGGGAGGAAUGUGCAGAAUGAGCAAGUCAUCUUCAGCCUUGAAAUAGGAAUCAUGGAGGAGAAUCCUGACAGCUACCUCUCAGCAGGAGAAAUCCCCCUCCCCAAACUCUACAUUUCUAUGGCACUCUUCUUCUUCAUUGCUGGAGCCGUGUGGAUCCACACCCUUCGGAAACGCAGGGCCGACGUGUUCAAAAUCCACUGGUUAAUGGCUGCUCUUCCUUUUACCAAGUCCCUGUCUUUGGUCUUCCAUGCGAUCGACUAUCACUACAUCUCUACACAGGGCUACCCCAUUGAAGGCUGGGCUGUUGUCUACUACAUCACUCAUCUGCUGAAGGGAGCCCUGCUCUUCAUCACCAUUGCUCUCAUUGGCACAGGCUGGGCAUUUAUUAAGCACAUCCUCUCUGAUAAGGACAAGAAGAUAUUCAUGAUUGUCAUCCCACUGCAGGUCUUGGCAAAUGUAGCCUAUAUCAUCAUUGAGUCAACGGAAGAAGGCACAACGGAAUAUGGACUAUGGAAAGAGAUCCUUUUCCUGGUAGACUUGCUCUGCUGUGGUGCCAUUCUGUUUCCAGUUGUGUGGUCCAUAAGACACUUACAAGAGGCCUCUGCAACAGAUGGGAAAGCUGCCAUCAAUCUAGCAAAGUUGAAGCUGUUUAGACACUAUUAUGUCAUGAUCGUGUGUUACAUUUAUUUUACAAGGAUCAUUGCCAUCCUCAUCAAAAUCGCGGUUCCGUUCCAGUGGAAGUGGCUGUACCAGCUGCUGGAUGAAAUGGCAACCUUGGUGUUCUUUGUCCUUACUGGGUACAAGUUCCGACCAGCCUCUGACAACCCCUACUUACAGCUCUCUCAGGAGGAGGAUGACAGCUUGGACAUGGAAUCUGUGGUGACCACUUCGGGUGUCAUGGAAGGCAUGAAGAAGGUCAAGAAGGUGGUGAACGGCUCCACAGAGCCCCGAGGCGAGAGAGAAAGUGCCGCAUGAUGGACUCAACACUUCCCAGCCCUCCUCUCUUCUUCUCUCCACUCCGCUCCCUCCUAACCCUUAGGACAAGGCAGCACUUUUCAGAUAAACUGUAAUUUAUUGAUCUUGUACUUCCCUCAAUGGAGGGGGAGCCAGCCGGGCUUCCUGAUGUGGAAACUGCAGAAUAUGGGUGGGGUGGGAUGGGGUAGGGAAUGGGGGAAUUGGGGUUGGAGACAGGGACAAAAUAUGACAAAAAGGAGAAAAAAAUGAACCCUCUACUCCUUUGUCUUAAGGACUUCAGGCUCUUCUGGUGCCUACAAGGAAGUUUUUGUGUGGAUAUGGUGAUGGCAUAUUUUAUAACCUUGGUUCUGUUCUGUUUUGUUUUUUAAAACUCCCUUUUCUUUGGAAACAUGACUUUGAAGAACAUUGCUUGCAGGCGGGUUCCUUAGGACACAGCUUCCAAAUGUGAAAAAAGAAGGGUUGUGUAUGUAAAAAAUGAUAUAUAUAAUAUAUUUUAUAUGAAACUUACCGAAAUGCAAAAUCUGUUAUGUAACCCUGUGUGCUGGGAAGAUGAACAGUAAAUGUGUUGGGGGUUGCUCCCCUUCAGACGUA